AUGGCGCGUGACGUCGAGUCCGCGGCCCUGCUCGACGCUUCGACGAGCGAAGCGACGAGCGACCGGCGAACGAAAUGUUUUUCAUUUGCACGCGUCGGCUCGGCGGCGCUCACGCUCGCACUCGGCGUCGCGGCGUGCGCCGGUCAAGCGCUGAAUGAGCGGUCGCGGUCAGAGAGUGGACGACUUGCGAGCGGUCUGGGAGAAGCCGCCAUCGUGGGUACAUCUGUGGAGAAGACAUUACGUUCCGCUUCGUGCGUAUGGCGUCUCGAGCGUGCGGAGGCAGAGAACGCCCGAUGCGAUCCGAUGGGUACGGAUGUAGUGGUGGUGCCAUCGCUGCGGGCAGUGUACGUGGACGUGACAAAGGCAGCGAGUGAGAGCAUCCGCAAGAGGUUAACGGACGCGUUUCAAGCCACCUGGACGGAUGAAAAGUAUGUAUUGAAGAGUAGUGGGUUAGGGCGAUCGACGACAGCGUCACUGCCGGACGAGGUGUUGGACACGUAUAAGUUUUUCACUUUCGUGCGCAAUCCGAGUGAACGGUUUCUCUCUGGAUAUCGCCAGGCGUUUUGUCGCUCGAUGUGUCAAGGGUGUGAGCGAGGUAUGUCACCAACGCGUCCGCCGACGAUUGAGCAAACGAUCGACCUCUUGGAGAUACUCAGAAGCAAGGCCAGCGGAAGCGUUGAGUUCUGCUCACAUCGGCGCGGCGAGUCAAUGCGCGACAGGGACUUCCUCACCAAUCCUUGGUUGGAUGAGCAUCUCGAAUCAAUAAUCUACAGGCUUUCUGGCGUCACUAAGCGCGGGACACACACGCCAAUUCAUUUUAUUGGCCGCGUCGAAACUCUGAACGAAGACUGGGGACGGCUCAUGGAUGAACUCGGCGUUGACACCAACCAUCCGGCUCGAGCACCUCUCGAACACGUCGAGCACGAGUGCUCAAUUGCCGGACGCGAAGAAUUCCUCAGUGCACAAUCUGCGCUGUUCUACUCGCAUUUGCUUAAGGGAAAACGGGCUCCAACGAAGGGAGAGCUCUUCGAGCCUGUUAGAGUGAUGUAUGACCGAGAGGGCAACCCGGUCGAAAUUCCAACACCGUCCGUCAAACUCGGAGCCUACGUCAACCGCCUAAAGGCCUUGUACGAGGAUGAUUUUAGAUGCCUAGGAUACGCUAGUUAG